AUGUCUUUGCUCCUCCAAAAAAUCCCAAGUCACUGCUGCUACCAGCAAACCGGGCACCCUCUAUCACAAAGUUACCCGAGGAUUUCCACUAUCAACCAGAGGAUCUUGUUAAAUUGUUUCUUUUACCCAAUGUCAUGUUUAUUUGAAAGAGAGGGAGAAGUUCCAGAGGUGAAGCUCUUAUCAUCCCUUCAAAAAUCCCGUCUUUUCCGUUUUCAGUCACUUAUUCCUGAAAUGUGA